CUGUGUGGAGGCUUCAGACUCCGGCGCCAUUUAGCGCGGAGAGUUUCCCGGGCGGGCGCGGCUGUUCUUGUGCCACUCGAACCCGCAUCUUCGGUGACAGAAGGCGCCUGCUGGGGUGACUGCUCUUUCCUCCUUCCACCACACCCCCCGAGUCCUCUGGGUCUCUCUCCCUUGGUCCGAAGAGGCCGCCGAGCCGGGGCCCGCGGAGAGCGGCCCUCCCCUCCCCACCGUUCCUCCCUCCCUCAGCCCCGGCGCCGGCCCGGAGGGACGAGGUUCGCCAGGCCCGGGGCGGGCGGGAAGCCGCGGGGAAGGGGGGGCCGCUCCUCAGGCGCCGGGCCCCGCAGCUUCGGCCCCUCGUCCGGGUGAUGGGCGCCCGGUGAGGCCGCACCGUCUGCCCAGCUCAGCCACCCGCCGCAGGAUGGACGCGGACCGCGCAGCGCUGACCCCCGCGGCCACGCUUCCGAGCCGCCCGCCGACCCGCCCGCCCCGCGCGCCGCAGCCGCAGCCCCGCGCCGCCCUCGGGGCGCCUUGUCAGUGCUGAUCUCGGCCGCGUCCGGUCGUCCCAGCCCCUCCUCUCUCGGAUCCGCGCGCGCUCGCUAGCUCACCUUCCCCCGCGGACCCACCAUGUCUGGCGGCCCCGCUGAGAAGCAGAGCAGCACCCCGAGCGCCCUGUUCCUCUCCCCGCCAGCGCCGGUCUCCAAGAAUGGCUCCAGUUCCGACUCCUCCGUGGGUGGGAAGCUGGGGGCUGCGGCGACCGAUGCUGGCCCCGGCCGGACUGAAGAGUACCGGCGCCGCCGCCACACCAUGGACAAGGACAGCCGCGGGGCGGCCGCCGCCACGACCACCACCACGGAGCACCGCUUCUUCCGCCGGAGCGUCAUCUGCGAUUCCAACGCCACCGCUCUGGAGCUGCCGGGCCUCCCGCUCUCAGCCUCCCAGCCGGGCGCCUCCGCGGCGGUUCCGCAGAGUGCUCCGGCAGAGCCCCCGCGGGAGGAGGUCCUGACUGCCGCUGUCGCCUCCCAGGUGGCCCGGCAGCCUCCGCCCGCCGCUGCCCCGGGGGAACAAGCCGCUGCGGGCCCUGCCGCCCCGACGGUCCCCAGUAGCACCGGCAAAGAUCGACCGGUUCCCCAGCCCAGCCUGGUGGGAAGCAAAGAGGAGCCGCCAGCGGCGAGAACUGGAAGUGGCAGCGGCGGCGGCAGCGCCAAGGAGCCGCAGGAGGAACGCGGCCAGCAACAGGAUGAUAUCGAAGAGCUGGAGACCAAGGCCGUGGGGAUGUCCAACGACGGCCGCUUUCUUAAGUUUGACAUCGAGAUCGGCAGAGGCUCCUUUAAGACGGUCUACAAAGGUCUGGACACCGAAACCACGGUGGAAGUUGCCUGGUGUGAGCUGCAGGACCGAAAAUUAACGAAGUCUGAAAGGCAGAGAUUUAAAGAAGAGGCUGAAAUGUUAAAGGGUCUUCAACAUCCCAAUAUUGUCAGAUUUUAUGAUUCCUGGGAAUCCACAGUCAAAGGAAAGAAAUGCAUUGUUUUGGUGACUGAACUUAUGACAUCUGGAACACUUAAAACGUACCUGAAAAGGUUUAAAGUGAUGAAGAUCAAAGUUCUAAGAAGCUGGUGCCGGCAGAUCCUUAAAGGACUUCAGUUUCUUCACACUCGAACUCCACCUAUUAUUCACCGGGAUCUUAAAUGUGACAACAUCUUUAUUACUGGCCCUACAGGCUCAGUCAAGAUUGGAGACCUUGGUCUGGCAACCUUGAAGAGGGCUUCUUUUGCCAAGAGUGUGAUAGGUACCCCAGAGUUCAUGGCCCCUGAGAUGUAUGAAGAGAAAUAUGAUGAAUCUGUUGAUGUUUAUGCUUUUGGAAUGUGCAUGCUUGAGAUGGCUACAUCUGAAUAUCCAUACUCGGAGUGCCAAAAUGCUGCGCAGAUCUACCGUCGAGUGACCAGUGGAGUGAAGCCAGCCAGUUUUGACAAAGUAGCAAUUCCUGAAGUAAAGGAAAUUAUAGAAGGGUGCAUAAGACAAAACAAAGAUGAACGAUAUUCCAUCAAAGACCUUUUGAACCAUGCCUUCUUCCAGGAAGAAACAGGAGUACGGGUAGAAUUAGCAGAAGAAGAUGAUGGAGAAAAGAUAGCUAUUAAGUUAUGGCUGCGCAUUGAAGAUAUUAAGAAAUUAAAGGGAAAAUACAAAGACAAUGAAGCAAUUGAAUUUUCCUUUGACUUGGAGAGAGAUGUGCCAGAAGAUGUGGCUCAGGAAAUGGUAGAAUCUGGGUAUGUUUGUGAAGGUGAUCAUAAGACUAUGGCUAAAGCUAUCAAAGACAGAGUGUCAUUAAUUAAGAGAAAACGAGAACAGCGCCAAUUGGUACGAGAGGAGCAAGAAAAAAGAAAACAGGAAGAGAGCAGUCUUAGACAGCAGGUUGAACAACAAUCAAGUGCUUCCCAGACAGGAAUCAAACAGCUCCCUUCUGCUAGCACUGGCAUACCUACUGCUCCCACAACAUCAGCUUCAGUUUCUACACAAGUAGAACCAGAAGAACCUGAGGCAGAUCAGCAUCAACAACUACAGUUCCAGCAACCAAGUAUAUCUGUGUUAUCUGAUGGGACUGUUGACAGUGGUCAGGGGUCAUCUGUGUUCACAGAAUCCAGAGUGAGCAGCCAACAGACAGUCUCAUAUGGUUCCCAGCAUGAACAGGCACAUUCUACUGGUACAGUCCCAGGGCACACAGCUGCUACUGUCCAAGCACAAUCUCAGCCCCAUGGCAUAUAUCCACCUUCAUGUAUGCCUCAGUCCGUGGCGCAUCCGUGUGGGGGGACCCCAACAUACCCAGAAUCACAGAUAUUUUUCCCAACUAUUCAUGAGCGUCCAGUUUCUUUUUCACCACCUCCCACCUGUCCACCGAAAGUAGCCAUUUCCCAGCGGCGUAAGAGCACCUCCUUCCUGGAAGCCCAAACUCGCCACUUUCAACCCCUGCUGAGGACUCUUGGUCAAAAUCUUCUUCCACCUGGUGGCAGCCCAACUAACUGGACACCAGAGGCUAUAGUUAUGUUGGGUACUACAGCCAGUAGAGUAACUGGAGAGCUAUGUGAGAUACAGGUCCAUCCUACUAUGUCUGAGCCAACUCAAGUUUACAAUGACUAUAGACCUGGACUAGUACUUCCAGAAGAAGCUCACUGUCUUAUUCCUCAGGAAGCAGUGUAUCUAGCUGGGGUACGUUACCAGGCCCAGGUGGCAGAACAGUAUGAGGGCAUUUCAUACAACUCACCAGUACUGUCAAGUCAUAUGAAACAGAUUCCUGAGCAGAAGCCAGUACAAGGGGGCCCUACUUCAAGUUCUGUCUUUGAACUUCCAUCUGGACAGGCUUUCCUGGUAGGACACCUUCAGAGUUUAAGAUUAGAUUCUGGAUUGAGUCCAGGAUCUUCCCUCUCUAGUAUUUCUGCACCUCUCAGUACAGAUGCUGCAUAUUUGAAAUUUCACCCCGUCUUUGUUCCUCAUUCUGCACCUGCAGUGUUAACUCAUAGCAAUGAGAGCAGAAGCAACUGUGUAUUUGAAUUUCACUCUCAGACGCCAAGCUCCUCUUCAGGAGAAGGAGGUGGAAUUUUACCUCAACGUGCUUACCGAAAUCAGCAAGUUGCAGUGGACGCAAAUCAGGAUGAAAUGCCUCCUCAGUCAGUUGGAUUACAUGGCCACCUGCACCCUGUGACUGAAGAACAGCGUAAUUACCAUGCCCCAGAACUGACUGUUUCUGUGGUAGAGCCUGUCGGACAGAACUGGCCAAUAGGAAGCCCAGAAUAUUCCAGUGAUUCCUCACAAAUCACUUCGUCAGAUCCCAGUGAUUUUCAGUCACCUCCCCCUACAGGGGGAACAGCUGCACCUUUUGGCUCUGACUUCUCAAUACCCUUUAUCCAUCUGCCUCAGACAGUAUUACAAGAAUCCCCACUUUUCUUCUGUUUCCCCCAAGGAACCACAUCUCAGCAGGUUUUAUCUGCCUCAUUUUCUUCAGGAGGAUCUGCACUCCAUCCACAGGCACAGGGUCAGAGCCAGGGCCAGCCAUCUUCAAGUAGCUUAGCAGGGGUCCCAUCUUCCCAACCCAUCCAACAUCCUCAGCAGCAACAAGGAAUACAGCAGACGGCCCUUCCUCAGCAGACAGCACAGUAUUCACUUACACAGACAGCAACCUCCAGUGAGGCCACUACUGCACAGCCAGUGAGUCAGCCUCAGGCUCCACAGGUCUUGCCUCAAGUGUCAGCAGGAAAACAGCUUCCAGUUUCCCAGCCAGUACCAACUGUCCAAGGCGAACCUCAGAUCUCAAUUGCGACACAGCCCUCAGUUGUUCCAGUCCACUCUGGUGCUCAUUUUCUCCCUAUGGGACAGCCACUUCCCACUUCUUUACUCCCACAGUACUCUGCCUCUCAGAUUCCCAUAUCAACUCCUCAUAUGUCUACAGUUCAAACAGGUUUUUCAUCCCUUCCCAUUACAAUGGCAGCUGGCAUUAAUCAGCCUCUGCUCACCUUGCCUUCAUCUGCUACAUCAACUGCAAUCCCAGGGGCAUCAACUGUGGGUCCCAGUCAGCUUCCAACUCUUCUGCAGCCUGUGACUCAGCUGCCAAGUCAGGUUCACCCACAGCUUCUACAAUCAGCAGUUCAGUCCAUGGGAAUACCAGCUAACCUUGGACAAGCUGCUGAGGUUCCACUUCCCUCUGGAGAUGUUCUAUACCAGGGCUACCCAUCUCGACUGCCACCACAAUACCCAGGAGAUUCAAAUAUUGCUCCCUCUUCCAACAUGGCUUCUGUUUGCAUCCAUUCUACAGUUUUGUCCCCUCCUAUGCCGACAGAGGCAUUGGCUGCACCAGGUUACUUUCCUACGGUGGUGCAGCCCUAUGUGGAAUCAAAUCUUUUGGUUCCUAUGGGCGGUGUAGGAGGACAGGUUCAAGUGUCCCAACCAGCAGUGAGUUUAGCACAACCCCCCACCACAUCUUCCCAGCAAGCAGUUCUGGAGAGUACUCCAGGAGUCUCUCAGGUUGCUCCACCUGAGCCAAUUCCAGUAGCACAGCCACAACCUACCCAACCUGUCACUUUGGUUUCUUCCAUAGACAGUGCACAUUCAGAUGUUGCUUCAGGUAUGAGUGAUGGCAAUGAGAAUGCCCCAUCAUCCAGUGGAAGGCAUGAAGGCAGAACAGCAAAACGGCAUUAUCGAAAAUCUGUAAGAAGUCGCUCUCGUCAUGAAAAGACUUCACGUCCAAAAUUAAGAAUUUUAAAUGUUUCAAAUAAAGGAGACCGGGUAGUAGAAUGUCAAUUAGAGACUCAUAAUCGGAAAAUGGUCACAUUCAAAUUUGACCUAGAUGGUGACAACCCUGAGGAGAUAGCAACAAUUAUGGUAAACAAUGACUUUAUUCUAGCAGUAGAGAGAGAGUCGUUUGUGGAUCAAGUACGAGAAAUUAUUGAAAAAGCUGAUGAAAUGCUUAGUGAAGAUGUCAGUGUGGAACCAGAGGGUGACCAGGGACUGGAGAGUCUACAGGGAAAGGAUGACUAUGGCUUUUCAGAUUCUCCGAAAUUGGAAGGAGAGUUCAAACAACCAAUUCCUGCAUCUUCCAUGCCACAGCAAAUAGGUGUUCCUACUAGUUCUUUAACUCAAGUCGUUCAUUCUGCUGGAAGGAGGUUUAUAGUAAGCCCUGUGCCAGAAAGUCGAUUACGAGAGUCAAAAGUUUUUACCAGUGAAAUAUCAGAUACAGUUGCUGCCUCCACAUCUCAGGGCCCUGGAAUGAACUUAUCUCACUCUGCCUCAUCCCUCAGUCUUCAGCAGGCAUUUUCUGAACUUAGACGUGCUCAAAUGACUGAAGGACCCAGUACAGCACCUCCAAACUUUAGCCAAACAGGACCAACAUUUCCUCCUUUUUUUGGUAGUGCUGCUGGAGGACCUCCAGUCACUGCAGCACCCACACCUUCAGUAUCAGCCCCUAUAACAAACAGCCCUCUUAAUGACAUUUCCACAUCAGUAAUACAGCCUGAACUUACAGCGCCCACUGAAAAGGGAAUUGCUGGAGUUGUCACCAGCACAAAUGUAGUAACUUCAAGUGGUCUUCCUGAACCACCUGUGUGUGAGUCACCAAUACUCUCUAGUGUGGUAUCAAGCAUCAUUAUACCCGCAGUUGUUGCAGUGCCUCCAACAGGCCAGCCAGUCCAGGCCUCUACAUCUGGGAGCAUUGUUCCUAGCACAGGCACUUUUCCUUCUAUAACAGUUUCAACAACUUCAGCCUCCACCUUGGGCAAUGCAGUUGCCUCAGGUCCCAAACCUCCAUCUGUGUUACCUCAACAGGCAGCAGGCAGUACUACUGGGGUAGCCUUGGUAACAUCAGUUUCUGCUACCACUCCACUCACAAGCAUAGUUUCACAACCAUCUCUUCAGCUAAGCAGUAGCACCUCUUCUACUACUGCAGCUGAAACAGCAGUGGUUAGUGCACACGCACUAGACAAAACACCUGAUAGCGGUACAACUGGGUUGGCUUUGUCCUUCUCUGCAACAUCUUCUUCCUCCCCUGGAACAGGAGUGGCUAGUUCUAUUUCUCAGCCUGGACUGCAUCCAUCAGUUGUGGCUUCUACUCUUGUCCUUCCCCAGGCAACAGUACCUACUUGUACACCUUUAUUACCCCAAGUACCUAGUGUCCCACCCUUGAUACAGCCUGUUUCCACUGUGCCUGCUGUACAGCAGACGCUCAUUCAUAGUCAGCCCCAGCCAGCCUUGCUACUCAACCAGCCCCAUACCCACUGUCCAGAAGUAGAUACUGAUACUCAACCCAAAGCUCCUGGGAUUGAUGACAUAAAAACUCUAGAGGAAAAGCUUCGGUCUCUCUUUAGUGAGCACAGCUCAUCUGGAACUCAGCAUGCUUCUGUCUCACUAGAAACAUCUCUAGUAGUAGAGACCCCUGUAACACCAGGCAUCCCAACCACUGCUGUUGCACCAAGCAAACUGAUGACUUCUACUACAAGUACUUGCUUACCACCAACCAGUUUGCCAUUAGGAACAACUGGUUUGUCAGCUAUACCAGUGGUCACACCUGGGCAAGUUUCUACCCCAGGGAGCUAUGUUUCAGCUCCAGUCACCGCAGCAUCAGGAGUAAAACCUGGAACUGCUCCCUCAAAGCCACCUUUAACUAAGUCUUCGUCUCAGCAACCUCUAGAAGAUCUUGAUGCUCAAUUGAAACGAACACUUAGUCCAGAGACUAUUACAGUGACCUGUGCAAGUGAUCCUGUGUCCACAGUGGCUCCAGCAGCAGCUACAGAAGCAGGAACACAGCUACAGGGUGUUUCUCAAGGCACAGCAGUUACUACUUCAGGGGCUGGAGUUUUAAAAAUGGGACGAUUUCAAGUUUCCAUUGCAAAGGAUGAUACCCAGAAAGAGAGUAAAAAUAAGUCAGAAGAUACAAAGUCUGUUCAUUUUGAGUCUAGCUCGUCAGAGUCCUCGGUACUAUCAAGUAGUAGUCCAGAGAGUACCCUGGUGAAGCCAGAGCCUAAUGGGAUAACAAUCCCUGGUAUUUCUUCAGAUGUGCCAGAUAGUACCCACCUAACUCCUGCCUCAGAAGCCAAGUCAGAAACUGGGCAGCCAACCACAGUGGGACGUUUUCAGGUGACUACUACAGCAAACAAAGUGGGACGUUUCUCUGUAUCAAGAACUGAAGAAAAGAUCACUGAGACAAAGAAAGAAGGACCAGAGACAUCUUCCCCUUUUAGGGAUUUAGAACAAGCUGUUCCUCCUGCCGUGAUGCCAAAGAAAGAAAAGCCUGAACUAUCAGAGCCUGCUCAUCUAAAUGGACCGUCUUCUGAUCUGGAGGCUGCCUUUCUAGAGAGGGAUGUGGAUGAUGGUUCAGGCAGUCCACACUCUCCCCAUCAGCUGUGCUCAAAGAGCCUUCCCCUCCAGACUCUGAGUCAGAGCCUUAGUAAUUCAUUCAACUCCUCAUACAUGAGCAGUGAUAAUGAGUCAGACAUUGAAGAUGAAGACUUAAAGUUAGAGCUGCGACGACUACGAGAAAAACAUCUUAAAGAGAUUCAGGAUCUUCAGAGUCGCCAGAAGCAUGAAAUUGAAUCUUUGUAUACAAAACUGGGCAAGGUUCCCCCUGCUGUCAUUAUUCCCCCAGCUGCUCCCCUUUCAGGGAGAAGGCGGCGACCUGCUAAGAGCAAAGGCAGCAAAUCUAGUCGUAGCAGUUCAUUGGGGAACAAAAGCCCACAGCUUUCAGGUAACCUGUCUGGUCAGAGUACAGCUUCAGUCUUGCACCCCCAGCAGACCCUCCAUCCACCUGGCAACGUUCCAGACACUGGGCAGAAUCAGCUAUUACAGCCUCUUAAGCCAUCUCCCUCCAGUGACAACCUCUACUCAGCCUUCACCAGUGAUGGUGCCAUUUCAGUACCAAGUCUUUCGGCUCCAGGUCAAGGCUGUGCGAAGUUUAACUGUGCAUCUGAACAGGUGACAUUCAAGCCUGGUGGCAGGAGGACCCGAUUUCUGAGUACGCCCUGCUUGGCUCUUUGGAAGAUGGUGAAAAAAGUCUGUCCUUGCAACCAGCUCUGUAUGUGCCCUCCAGCAGAGCCGAAAUCAGGGACCAGCAGCACAAAUACUGUUGGGGGAACAGUGAACAGCCAAGCUGCCCAAGCUCAGCCUCCUGCCAUAACAUCCAGCAGGAAGGGCACGUUCACAGAUGACCUGCAUAAGCUGGUGGACAACUGGGCCCGAGAUGCCAUGAAUCUUUCAGGCAGGAGAGGAAGCAAAGGACACAUGAACUAUGAGGCUGGCUUUCUCCUUGAGUGGUUCUGAGACAGCACUGAUGGGAGAACUGUGUGUCAAAGGAGGGACCGGAAGGGAUGCUGUGUUUUACACAAGAGAGAAAAGACAAGUCAUCAGUUAAAUAACUAAAGGGAACCAAAGAAACUGGUCUGCCUCUCUUAGCAGCCUCGGAAGUGCAGAGAGGCCUAGGGGGUCAGGGCUUGAGCCAGUAAAGGAACUGGAUGCCAGUGCUGCCAUCAGACCUGUGUCUGUUCCUUCCCACCCAAGCAGGAAAAGCAAGGGUUCAUUUCUUCUUUCCCAGCAAAAACAGAAGGCUUCUUAGAAGCCAAGCCACCCAAAAAAAAAAAGGGGCUGGGGAUUUAGCUCAGCGGCAUAAGCGCCUGCUUUGCAAGCAGGCAGUCGUGAGUUCGAUCCCUGGUACCAAUAAAAAUGAAAAAGACAAAAAAAAAAAAAGAAGCCAAGCCACCCAGCCCAGUGGCCUAGGCUUAGCCAUGAUGGUCUCAUAAGGGCGGAGGGAGUCCCCUGGAGUCUACCUGCCCCCUGUGCACUGCUGAAACAGACGUAAGCUGAACACUCGUAACUCAGCAGGCCCAGGACGGCAAGUUUGCUUCUUGUUUAAACAUGAGUCUCAGCCUGUCAGUGCUGAGAGGAUACUAACGAUCCAAACCCGAAGCAUGUCCUCUCAACCCUCCAUCAUUUGUACAGAAAUGGGCAAAAGCUCCUUGGUCUGGGACAAGUGCUUUGUUUCCUCUAUGGGUAACUCACAUCUCCUCCCAACUGCUGAUCAAUCUACUACUCCCACUAAAUAUGUACCCUGAAAAAAACUAUACAGUUUGUAGCUAAUCCCAAAAGAUCCUAUUCUCCUCAAAACCGACUUGUCCUUAUGUUCAAAGCCAUCUCAGAAACAAAGGCUUACUAACGUAGAGACGAACAGAAGGUUAUGCCAAGGCCUAUGGACCUCCCUGAAAAAAGACCACUGUCUUCCGUGACGGGAAACUGUACGGCAGGUCUCCCCUCCUACCUUCUGGGACUCAGCCAUUCACAUGUAACUGGCUGAGUCUCAUCUGGAGCCAGUCACUCUGUAACUGGCAGAGGACUACUAGGCCACCCUGUUCCCGAGCUCCUGCAGAGCACACCUCCCAGGCCUCUGCGCCACCCCUCUCACCCUCACUCUGCUUUUCAACUGGAGCUGGAGCAAGUGUCUGGACCUGCGGCUGCUUCUCCAUCUGCUCCCGGAACUGCUGCUGCAGCUGCUUUUGCCGAAGCUUCCGCUGGUGAGUGGCAUCACUCUCCACAGUGGACAAGGUCAGGCUUCUGCAUCCCAAGAGCAAAAAGGUGAGUUCCUGAGUGAACCAGGUUAAUGAUGACAGACACAGGUCCUGAGGAAGCACACAAACCAACUUGCUGGCUCUGAAGGCAGGAGUGGCAGCACCCUAAACCGCAUAGCAGGGGCAGGAGGAGGAAGGGAAGGACCUUGGGCCCCGUACCGGGAGCUGCUGGCCUUAUCUCCUUGUAGCAUCAUGUGGGGGUCACCCGUGUGGCUUGCUCUGCAAGGGGAGGUCUCCUGCGGUUUUGAGGGUCCCAGAGCUACAUUCAGCCGACAGCUGUUGUAUCUUGCCUGCUCCACAGAUGGUUCAAAGUCCUGUCUCUUUGCUUUAGUUAAGUCCACUUCAAGAGGCAGCUAAGAAGAAAGAAAAGCUUCUUUUCCCAUUCUUUUCUGUUCCCCGCCCCACAGACUUAGAUUCCUGAAAAAACAAAUGUGACAAUCAUUGCUCCAACAUCAUAAGACACUGAAAACUGAUGCUCAUGAGAAAUUAUCAGGAUAUGAGACUGAGAGGAAUACAUUUUUAUAACAAUAAUCUGAAAAUGGAAAUUAUAGUUGGAUUGCUUGUCUACAUUGAAACAAGUAGGAAUGAGCUUUGAGAAAAAAUGAAAAAGACACCAUCGUUGCUGUCAAGAACAUGGCAUGGCUGGGGCUUAACAGUGCUAUGAGGAAUGUGAACUAGUACAGUCCCGCUAGGAAACGGGAAGAGUCUACUACAACUAAACAUAUACCUUCUGAUCCAUUAAGUCCUACGAAAAAUGAGUGCAUAUGGGAUCCAGUAGUAUGCUAACAGCAGCCAAAAACCCAAGUAUCUGCUAAAGACAGGAGGGAAAAACAGUUAUAUACUCUUGUAAUAGAAAAGAAGAAUUUGGGGGGUGGGGUACUAAGCAGCAGACUCACGACCUCAUGCUUGCCAGGCAAGCACUUGUGCUGCUGAGCUAAACUCCCAGCCCCGAUAGAAAAUUAUAUAAUAGUGAAAAUGUUGCACCAUGAAUGACUCACAAACAUGCUGAAUGAAAGUACAAAAAGUUUAGAUUCCUUGAUUCCAAAGAACGCAUUUAAUAGUCCAAACAAAUACAUGAUUUUCCUUAGUAGUAGAAACAAAACAAGCGAGUUUAAUUUCAAAACAUCCCUGAUGUGCGCAUCGUUAAGCAGCUUGGGUUUUCAACUUCUGAUGUUCACCCGUUCUUCCCAGCACUGCAUCAGAGUCUGCCCUGAGAAAACCGGGCCAAGCCCAUUGCAUCGUCAGUGUCCCACACUACUGUGCUAUCUGCUAUGGAUCCGUCCUCCCAGGGGAUGAGGACAGCUACUUUGCUCUUUUCUUACAACUUUCUCUCUCCUCUCUCUUAACUCCAAAAGACAUUAUCAACAUUUUACUUGGAAAUUUUUCUCCUACUUUUCUUUCUUCCAUCUUUUUGACUGUUUGCCCCUCUCUCCCUGUCUGUCUCCUCCUCCCUCUCCCCUUUCCAUCUUUUUCUUUCUGUCCCCUCCCCAUCCUCCCCACUUUUUCUUUCUGUCUCCUGACACAGGGUCUUGCUAUGUACUCUAGACUGGUCUUGAACUUGUUGACAAUCCUCUUGCCCUAGCCUCCCAAGUACUGGGAAUGACCUACAUCAAACUUAAAAACCUAAGACAAUCUACAGAAUGUAAAAAAAUAUUUAUAGGGGGGCGCCAGGGGUUAAAAAAAAAUUUAUAAAUCGAGUUACCUGAUAAGGGGUUAAAAGCUAGAAUAUUUAAAGAACUAUUGGAAACCAACAACAAACAUCAAAUAACCCCAGUAAAAAUGGCAGAGGGCUUGAAAAAUCUCCGAAAUCUGAAAUUAUGCACUAAUCAUAAGGAUGUACCCUAACCAUAAUAAAGUCACACCUAUUAGGAUGGCUGUUAUUUAGUUUUGUUUUGUUUUCUGAUACCGGGAAUCAAACUCAUAACUGCAUGCUCGCAAGGCAGGCGCUUAUGUUGCUGAGCUAAAUCCGUGGCUCUGGAUGGCUGUUAUUUUUAAAAAAUUAAAAAGUGGGGACUUCAGAGAACAUGGCGGACAGAUAGCAGCAGCUACGGAGGCUCGCUGAAAGACCUAGCUUAGAAUUCAGGAAUGGUGCGAAGUAAGGAAUCAUAAGCAAGUGGAGAUAUGCCCUGAUGACCCAAGAACGAACUGGGCUGAGAGAAACCAACUGGGAAUGCAAUCCUGGUGCUAUAACAGGAACAGAAAAGCCUCAGUGUGGAAGCUGGAGCCCACACCAUUGGAAGCCGCGAUUUGGGUUUCCCGCUGCUGCGUCUACAUCGGCUCGGCAGGGAGAGAGACGCACAAAAGCUCUGAGAACGGGAAUCGGUGAACGGAGUUGUAAGCAGGACGGGCAGGGAGCUGUGCAUUGACCUGCGGUGAGUGAGAGAAACUGGGACUCUUCCACGGUCUAGGAGACUCCAACAGAGGACAUUCUGGGACCGGGCAGACUUGCGUGAACAGGGCGCUGCAGUGACUUCAGUCAUGUAUCCCCCUCUCAAGUGGGAUUGGUGAGCAGUGCCUAGCCUACAUGACGCUGCUGGCUGAGACCCAGUAGGCUAGCACAACCCAGAUCCCAGCGCCUGAAGGUGACUUGGAGGGGCGGGCCCCGCAUAGGCUGCCUGGUCUGCAACUCCCUGGUGCGCUGCGGUGGGCGGGAACACCUAGCCGGCGCAAUUCAAUCAGACUGCGGCCAACAAGGAAGGAGGCUAGGCCUCCUAUAUACACUUGCAUAUAUAAGGAACAAGGAAUAUGGUAAGAGGGAGCAACAAGAAAGGGUCCUCGGCCCCCAAUCCUGAGAAAGAGGCAACAGCAGACACAGUACCAAUAGAUAUAAAGUGCUAUGUCCAGAGCCUCAUAGACAAGUUCAGGAAUGAAGUUAUUAAUGACCUGAAGCUAGACAGAAGCAGAAUAGUUAGAGAAAUGCUAAGCACCACCCAAGAAAAAACAGAUGGUGGAAUGGAAGAACAGAAAAAGAGGGGAGAAUUGUUUGAUGGAGAAAAUAGAGAAAGCAUAGAAUACGUGAAGCAGGUUCAAAGAGAUUACCAGGAAACUAAAAACUCUAUUGAAAGCUGGCAUAACAGCUUGAAAGAAACUAAGGACAGAUUAUCUGAACUGGAGGGCAGAUUUGUAAUAUGGGAGCAUGAAAUGAAAAACUUCUUAAAAAUAACAAAGAAACAAACAGCAAUAAUACAAAGACUAGAAGAUGAUAAGAGGAUCUAUAACUUAAGAAUUAAGAACAUAAAAGAAGAAGUAGGGACACAAACAAAUGAACUACAAAAGCUACUCACAGAAAUAAUCCAGGAGAAUUUUCCUAAUUUAGCAAAAGGUAAAGAUACUCAGAUGUAUGAGGCAUACAGGACCCCAGCUACCUACAACCCUAACAGAGCUACACCCAGGCAUAUAAUAAUCAAAAUUCCAGAAAUCCAAUACAAGAACAGAAUAUUAAAAGCCGUCAGAGACAAGAAACAGAUCACUUACAAGGGAACACCCAUCAGAAUUACAGCAGACUUCUCAGCACAAACCAUCAAAUCACGAAGGGGGGGGGAAUAAUUCAAGCUUUGAAAGAUAAUAAUCUCCAGCCAAGAUUGAGAUAUCCUGCACAACUAUCCCUGGAAAUUGAUGGAAAAACAAGGUGCUUCCAGGAUAAAGAGGAACUAGGAGAAUACAACCACCAAUUCAACUCUACAGAGAAUACUGCAGGAUAUUCUAAAAAAGAAAAAUACAAAGAAUCCAGAAAUAGUGGCAGAGAGGCCACAAUGAACGGAGCAGAAAACAAAA